UCACUGUUGGCUGUAUCGGUGGCUUUUUCUCAAGCUCUCAACACUAUAGAAAUCGGCAAUUGUCGCGAAAUUAUUGGCUCUUCAGCAUCACAAAUCAGAUCUUCUCAGUGUUAAGUGGAAAGAAGCAGACACAAUUAGUCUACUGUCGUCAUUCAUUACGCCCUGUUUUUGUCUUCAACGUCACUCCAGGCGGAAAAGCAAAGCGAAAGAUUCACCAAAGGACGAGGAGAACUUGUGGUUGAACGCGCUUGUGUGUGUAAAGAGUUUCGGUGCAGGCAAAACUGGACCAAAAUGCAAAUCCUGGGGACAAUGUAGAGUAAUAACUCGACACUAAGGGCAAUUGGCACGGGCGAUUUUGCGUGUCCCCCAACAAUUGAGGCUUCCGCUUGAAAAUCCCAUUUGCAGCGCGAAACAGACAAACUCACCCAUUCCAGCACACGUUCAGUGCGGAAAUAUUGGGCAAAUUAUUCGCUGCAUUGCAAUAUUGUGAUUAUUAUCCAGGAAAAUCGCGGUGAGAGAUUCUUGAACUGCAAUUGAAGCCAAUUAGACAGAAGGCAGAAGAGGAGAAUUUGCGUCCCCCUCGGUGCAGGCUAGCUCACCUGAAUAGCCUGACGAAUUGUUUGGGCGAGCGUGCGGCGAAGAGGCAAAUGACAAGCAUGGAUCGUAGUAAAAUGUUUGCCAAGUUGAUAUUGGCACUGCUGAAUGUUCUCGCCGGUCAGCAUCAGCCAGGUGUCUGUCAGGACAUGGGAGAUGGUGGCGUGCCCACAGUGCUGCCCAAGUUCAUCUCACGUGGAAAUCUAUACAAAGUCACCACGGGAGACACUGUUACGCUGCCAUGUCGAGUGCAAAACCUCGGCACUUUCAUUCUCCUCUGGCGACGUGGCAGUUCCGUUCUCACUGCCGGACCACUCAUGAUCACGCGCGACAAUCGCUUCAAGCUGGCAGAUCCGUACGAUCUGCAGAUCCACGGAGUGAAGACACAGGACGCCGGCGACUACAUCUGUCAGAUUGGUGACCAGGAGACCAGAGAUCAGGUGCACACACUUGAGAUUUUAGUGCCACCGACUGUUCGCGCAGUGCCCCAAAACGGCCAGGUGACCGCCAGGAAGGGCAGCACCGUGACCCUGGAGUGCAAGGCGUCCGGCAAUCCCGUUCCGUCUGUCUUCUGGUACAAGAGGGACCCCCUGGCCGGCUCCACCCAUCUCUCGGACAGCUCAACACUUGUGCUGGAGCGCGUGGAGCGGCAGCAUGCCGGGGUGUAUCUGUGCGCAGCCGAUAAUGGUGUGAGAGAGCCUGUCUCAGCAGAUGUUCAGCUCACAGUCCUGUCUCCGCCGGAGAUCACAGUGGAGAAGAGCUGGGUGCACGCCAGCGAAGGCCACGAUGUGGAGUUGUGCUGCACUGUGCAUGGCGACAGCAGCUCUGAGAUGCUCUGGUUCCAGAACUCCUUCCUGCUGGACCCCACCGACCGGCGCACCAUGCACUCUGUGGGCGAGCAGUACAUCCUCUCGAUCAGGAACUUCCAGACGUCGGACUUUGGGAAUUACAGCUGCGUGGCGGACAACUCUCUGGGGCGCACGAAGAAGUACAUCGAGGUUUCGGGGCGCCCUGGACCGGCCACUUUCCUCUCUCCGGCCUACAGUGGCUUCUUGGACGUCUACAAUCUCACCUGGAACGUGGAAUCGAUUCCGCCACUCGAGGAGGUCAGGCUACUCUAUAGAAAACUUUUGAUGAACGAUACUUACCAGCAUCCUGGAAAGUGGCACGAUGUCGUGCUGGUGCCCACGCCGACACGCUCAGCGCCCAACCACUUCAUCAUGUCGCACAUCAUCAAGGGCCUGGAGCGGAAUUCCGUCUACGAGGCGAUUAUCCAGGCGAAGAAUCGAUAUGGAUGGAACGAGAUAAGUGAUAUCCAUCAGUUCUACACGCGGAAUUCCGAGACGCCGGCGGAGGACGUGGACUUCAUGAUGAGCUCCACUUCGGGGGCCGCGAGAAUCGAUUGGGGAGGCGCCGCCGCCGCCCUGCUGAUGGCCCUGCAAUCGCUCCGCCGCUGGAUAAUUGCGUCGUAAGUCUGUGGUUGUGUGGUAUCUAAAAUACGAUAUCGUGAGUUUAUCUCACACUUAAUGGUGCGUCUAAUGCCAACAUCAUCCCCAUUGCUGUUACCCUUUCAAUGUUGCCCCAAAACAUUGCCGUACAGUUAUCAGUGUGUAAACUAACUUGAAUGGACUUAAUGGACACUCGUCUUGCUGACAACGGCGCCCCGCCAAAGGGACUCCUCCACUAGGGGGCCAGUGCAUGCCAGCAAAGGUGUAUUUGUGUACCCCAUCAGACGUCCCCACGCUCCUCCUCCCUCACAUCCUUCCGACUCCAAACGGACAGACAUACUGCAAGUGCCUUAGAAAAUUAUGACAUUUCGGACACGAUAGAGACGGUUUAGGUGACGAAGAAAUGAAUAGGAAAAAAAGCGGAAAAAUACGCUAUGGCGAAUCUUUGAGAGACAAUGACGGAAAAUUGGAUAAAAUUAUAGAUUAGAUAAGUGAAAAAAAAAAGAAAUUACUUUAUAAGUUGUCUUGAUCUUUAAGGUGAUGAUUAUUUUAGGUUGAAGAAAAAGAAAAGUAUUACAUUAUAGGCAAUUUGCCAGACGCUCGAUAUUUUAUCAUAAAAGAGAGAUCGCGAAAGCACUCCAGCGUCCCUGCCAUCAUCCAUUUGCAAUGUGAAGAAUGUCUAGAGCUUGUGGAAUGCAUAAAAGCGAGAGGACGUUGUCUCCUUGGGGAGCAACCAGCCGUAAAAUAUUAUUGGUCAAUGCCUCGGCAGGAGUGAGAGCGUGUUUAAGUUACAUAAGAGAUAAUGAGAAAACGAUUUUCGGUUGGGAACUGCCAUGAAGUGAGAGGUGAGGACAUUACUUCAUUCAUUUAAUUAUCAUUUUAAUGCUUUCCACCCCGUCUUAGCACCAAUUCUAAUGUCAGGGACUGAACUAUUCACCAUAAACUACACCCAAAGCCCAGCGAGGAAAGGAGCGCUCAACUUAUUGAGUGAAAACCCAUGCGAGACGUGUUGGAAUAAUUCUAUUCUCUGCAUGAAAAUGUGAUCCACAAAGACUGUUUUUGAACCUCAAGAAGUGGAUUUAUAAAAUUUUCCCUUUCUAUCUUUAGCAAAUUAUCAUUAAAAUUGAAACGAGGAAGGAGAAAUUGGAAGUUAAGCUUAUCUACCCACUUUAAACACCAUAAAUUCCUCGAAUUCAUCCCAGAAAUUUUCCUCUCUUCGACAAAUGCAGCAUGAAUUUCAAGAAUUCAUGCCGAAGGACAAAAAAUCCUUUGCAUUCUUUGCACAGAGAAAUAGGAAUUUGACUAGGCGAGGCGCAAAAAAAGGCAAGACAGAGAAGAGCAGUGAAUAAACAUUUCCGUGCAAGAUGUGCGAGUGCUGAGAGGAAAAUGAUGAGCUCUGUUUUCAAUUUCCACCCCAGAGAAAAGAAAAGCAUCUGCAUUUGGGAGAGUGUAAUUGAGUGAAAAGUGCAGAGGAGAUUUUUCUUAUGAACAUAGCAUAUAUAAGGCAGAUUUAGAGUGAAAUGAGUGGAGAAAAGAAUCUCAUCUUGGUUGAAAAGUGAGAAUUAUAUUGCACAAAAAUUGCCAUUGCUGGCGUUAUUUGAUGCUUUAAGGAGCAUUAUUACUUCAUGUUAACUGACCUUAAGUGGGACUUUUAUGAUUUUGCAAAGAGGGAAUAAUAUUUCCCACAGCGACGAGGAAUUUUAAUUAUGUAUUCACCCCGUAAAUAUCUCAUUUAUUGCUUAGCAGGAAUUGUAUUUUCCACCGUUCUACAUCAUCAUCCCUCUUAAUUUUCCCCUUGAACGAAUAUAAACUUUCGCCGGAGUAAAAAAAGCACAUAGCUAUGCUAUGAAUUGAAAAGUUUCUUCCAAUGUUACAGUUCUUCAAUGUAUAAAUUAACGGCAACUAUUGAGUGUGUUUCUCCAGGACUUUAAUGAACUCCAAAUGGAGUCCCAAAAAGUGGCACAAAUUAAUUGCUGAUUUUUUAUUUGUUCAUCAGUUGCUUCGCGUUCAAUUCAACUCUCGUGUUUGCAUUUGAAGGAGUGUGAGAAAUCCCUUUUAAAGCUUCAGUGAGCUUUCAUGGCUUUUUUGUUCUGUCUAUAAAGUCCAAAAGUGUACGCGAAGUUAAUGUUAUAUUCUUACAGUAAAUGCUAUUCAUGAAAAUGAAGCAAUAUGAUUUCGUUUAUUGAAUUGACAAAAUUGGUGUGAUACUUAAAUAAAACAUUAUUGGCUCUUACUUUCCAAACUCUGAUCUCAAACCAAAUAGAAUUUGUAAUUACAGCUUUGAUGUGCGAUUUGAGUGGAAAAUAUUAAUUAAUAUCGCUCAAUUCUAUGAAGACUUUUCCAGCGUCAUAUUUCACAAUUUCACACAAUGGCGUGGGAAUUUCCAAUAAACCCUCACUUGGCGGAUGAUGGCACAGGAGGUGGAGGACAUCGCAGAGGUGUUCGCUUUCUGACACGAAGAGUCGCGCGCCGUCGAGAUAUUUUCGAGGAUGGGUGAUAAACUAUCGAGUGAAGAACUGAAAAUUAAAUUCUUAGGAGAGACUUACGAUAUCACAACUUACCCCCUAAAAUACCUUAUAAAAUAGACGAGUGUAAGAGUAUAAACUUAUCUCUAGAAAAGACGAUGUAUUGCAUGUCUCAUAAUAAAACUGGGUGUAAAGUGU